CAAAAGACCAUAAUUCCAGUCUUCGCCCCUUCCUGAUGAGAUGAGAUGAGAUGAUUGAUUUCUAUAUCAUUCCGAAGAAAGAAAAUUUUGGAAUUGAACCAUAAUAACAGAUUUUACAAGAUUGAAAAGUGAUUUAUUCAAGCUACUGAGAUCUUCCUUUUUGAUUCCUUUGACCCGUAAGGAAGAGUGCGCAAUCUUCUUUAUGAUAAGCGACAUAUAGCGCUUUUUCCUUUUCUUUCUCUUCCCCCAUUUCCCUCAGAUUUUGUUCUUCACUUCACCUUCUUCUUCUUUGAUUUUCUUACGACAAACUUUUUUCUACUUUCUGUUUCGUUGAUUCAACCAAUAUACCUGUUGAUUAUGGGAAAUUGCUUGACUUCUUCAGCUCAUCAUUCUAAUUCCCUUCGCAGUCAAGCAGUAUCUUCGACUCCAGGAACUUCAGGCUAUUACAGCGGUAUCGUAGGGUCUUCAGGUACCAAUAGCACCGCCGGUGGAAGUCAGUUUUCAGCGGCGGGGAGCGUAGAUGUGAGUGAGUCCUAUCCGAGUGGGAAAAUCCUUGACCAACCAAACUUGAAGGAAUUCAGUUUCACUGAGCUGAAAGUCAUUACUAAGAAUUUCAGACCUGAAUCCUUGAUCGGUCAGGGAGGUUUUGGGAAGGUGUAUAAAGGCUGGGUAGAUGACAAAACGCUGGCUCCUUCUAAGAGCAAUUCUGGUAUGGUGGUUGCCAUUAAGAAACUAAACGCUGAAAGUGUUCAAGGUUUUCAAGAGUGGCAGGCAGAAGUGAACUUUUUAGGACGGCUGAGUCAUCCAAAUCUUGUCAAAUUAUUGGGUUUCUGUUGGGAAGAUGAAGAACUGCUUCUUGUGUAUGAAUUUAUGCCCAGGGGAAGUUUGGAAAACCAUCUCUUCGGAAGACGUUCUUCCAUUGAACCUCUUUCUUGGGAAAGAAGGCUCAAGAUCGCUAUUGGAGCAGCUAGAGGCUUGGCUUUCUUGCAUUCCUCAGAAAAAGAAGUUAUAUACAGAGAUUUUAAAGCAUCAAAUAUACUUCUAGAUUUGAAUUAUAAUUCAAAAAUUUCGGACUUUGGCUUGGCAAGAUUGGGGCCUGCAGGUGAAGACUCACAUGUAACAACAAGAAUUAUGGGCACAUACGGUUACGUUGCCCCAGAAUACGUUAGUACAGGUCAUCUAUAUGUUAAGAGUGACGUUUACGGGUUUGGUGUGGUACUGCUGGAAAUCAUGACUGGCUUGCGAGCACAUGAUAUGAAUAGGACCACUGAACAGCGCAAUCUGGUCGAUUGGGCUAAGCCAUUCUUGGUGAAGAAAAAAAGGAUAAAAAAUUUAAUGGAUGCAAAAAUAGAAGGUCAAUAUUCAUCGAAAGCAGCCAUGCGCGUGGGUGAUCUUACUCUAAAAUGCCUGGAAACCGAUCCUCGAAAACGCCCAUCAAUGCAAGAAGUUCUCGAGGAGUUGGAACAUAUCGAAGAAUUGAAGGAGAUACCGAAAGAGUCCAAGACCAGCAACUCGCAGUCUAAACAACAACUUCAUUAAAGACAGCCAAACAAUUCAUCAGCAAAAAGGCAAGAGAGAUAAAUGAGGCCAAAAGGCGAGACGUUCAAUUUCAACCUCCAGAUUUUUUUAAAAGACCAUUUUAACAUUGUAUGCAUUUCUGAUUGUGAUAGAAAUACUCAACAUUUUUUGUUUUUUCUUUUUUUUUUUUUGCUCAUAAUUGGUUGUCUUGUUUAGGGAUGGCAAGAGGGGAAGUAGAAAUAUAUUUGAUUAUAUGUAUUUAUUAUUUGUCAAAUGUUUUAGGUUUAUAGAAGAAAAAACAGUUGUUCAAAAUGUGGAUUUCCUCCAAAUUUCGCUUUUCUUUCUAAUAGUUAACAUUGUUGUACUUAUUGAUUA